AUGAAGCUCCUUGCUCUUUACACACUCUCCUUAUCCUUGGUUGGCUCGGCCAUUGCAUCCUCGACCACCAACGUUGCCGCCAUUGCAAUUUCAUCUCUUGCCGAUAGCUGCAAACCGGAGGCUUAUACCGACGCAGGCACAAUUGAUGCGAUCCGGAACACGCUGGCCAUAUAUCCCUUCGCUAUUGACGGAAAGAACUUUGAUGCCCUCAGCAAGGUGUUCACCGCCGAUGCGACAGCCAACUAUUCAGCACCUCUCAACGUAUUACACCCGCUGACUACUAUUCAAUCGUCCCUGAAAGCAAGCCUAGUAUGUGUAACCACGCAGCAUUUAUACGGCACCCAAUGGAUCGAUGUACUAUCACCCACCACUGCGCGGUCCGUCACAUACUACCAGGCUUCUCAUUUUGGUAAGGGGUCCAGCGCGAACCAGGCCUUAUAUGCCUAUGGUCAAUAUCAGGAUAACUGGGAGCGUCAAACUGGAGGUUCUUGGCGGAUUGUCCAUCGCAACUUGGUCUACAUGGGUCCGCUCAUUGGAAACCUGACUGUUUUCGUCUGCUAA